GGCUAUAAAAAAACUGGAUGCUAUAAUACAAAAUGUCCUGGCUUUGUUCUUGUUACUCGAUAUAAUUGGCUCGGAAUGUAUUUUGGUAGAUACUCUAUUAAUGGUGGUCAAGAGAGUAUUUAUGUUCAACCUCAAAUUUUUCAGGAUGGCUUCACCGGAAAUUGGAUACUAAAAGUACAUGAUGAAUUAAUUGGAUAUUGGCCCAAAGAGUUAUUUACACAUUUAAACGACGGAGCUUCUUUGUUACGCUUUGGAGGAAAUACGUUUCCAUCUUCUGAUGGAAUUAGUCCUCCAAUGGGAAAUGGUUGUUUUCCUGAUUUACCGGAAAGUUCAAAUUUUCUGUUUGUUAAAGCUAAGGAUUCGAACUACCAAACCGUUGAAAUUGAAGAUGAGAAAACAAGACGCUACGUAGAUGCUUAUCAGUGUUAUAGACUAUAUUAUGGGGGAUAUGCCGAAAGCACUGGAGUACACUUCAAUUAUGGAGGACCAGGUGGAAAUUGUGGUAUUUAAUGAUUUAUGAAUCUUG